UGAAAAGACACUUUCUAUUUGUACAUGAUAACUUGUCUAUAUACGAAGAGUUUUACACCAGACCCUUUGUUACUUAAACUAGAAGCAGUCUAAGUUUCGUUGAGUCUCGGGCAAAUGGAGCAUCCUCUUCUCCCAAAGGCUAUCCCCACUCCCACCAACCAUCCUCCUCCCAUCAUGGUCCCCAACUCCGCUGAAACCUUCGCCUCACCCUCCACCCUCACGCUCCUCAUCCGUUUUGUUGCCUUCGUCAGCCUCGCCGCCGUCUCCGGUUGGGCAAACUACGAAGCCGCCAAAGGCUUCGAGAUUACCAUUCUCAGCGCUGACACGCACACCGUCGCCGGCCGCCGUUUCAACCUCAUGUUCGUCUCCAACGGCCGAGCCGCCCGGCUCGUCCUCAACUCCAGCGACUUCAUCGAGCGACUGCUCUACCCCAACGAGCUGUACCCCAAGAAGCCCGUCCGCCAAGUCACCCUUCAGCUGGCCGACCAGGACCUCCCUGAGGUCGUCGCGGUGAGCCCCGGCCGUGGCUCCGGUGACUUCAUGAUUCACGUCAGCCCUAGUCUCAUGGCGCAGGCCGACGUAAAGAUGUCGCUGGCCUCGGCGGUGCAACGGGCCAUGGCUCAGGUGUGGCUCCGGAACGGGCAGGGCAGGGCCCCUCGAUCGCUCCUGAAUGCCAUGAUGGAGUACCUGACCAUGGCGGCCCGUCUAGUGCAUCCCUUGAACCACUAUGAUUUUUCCAUCACACCCAGUACUUCGUGUUGGGAUGACAGCAACUACUUCGACAAUGCGCGGUUCUUGCAGUACUGUGAGGAAAGGAGGCGGGGAUUCAUUGCACGCUUGAACCGGGCCAUGAUGGAUGACUGGAACGAGCUCAUGGUGGACCGUGCACUAGGCCUGCAAUCUCGACAGUUGUGCUCGGCCUAUCUCUUGUUGGCACGCCAGCAAGGAGCCCCAUCUGCUUCAGCGUCGUCUUUUUCCUUGAUGUAAACCUGACCAUGUGCGAGCACUGGAGUUGGCGAAAGAGGUGAAGCCAAGAGUUGCAGGCGAUAAAGCUGACGCAUAAAAAACAUGGGGUGUUCUCAGCGACGAUCACAAGUUUGUAUGUGCUAUGGGCCGUAGCUCCUCAAGUAGGUUUGACAUCCGUAACGUCCUAUAAAUUAUAAUAGGUACUAGAAUCACGUGGACUUAUGAAUAUUAUUUUACCACCUACCUCUACAUCCCUAACUUGUGCUUCGUGUCGCACGUGAUUCAGGUCCGUUUCUUCGCUUGUCGAUUAGAUGUGUCACUUUCGGGUCUUAAUGGAUGGUUUGCAUGGUAUCAACCAUAGUUUGUUA